AUGGCGGCCGUGACAAUGCCUGGAUCACCCGACAUGGCAAAUGCCUCUGUUCCUCAGGCCAAUGGGGCACAAAGACCAGGGCGCAAUCGCAGAGCCCCGCCAUCCAACGAGAGCUAUGAACACCAAGACUCGGAUCUAUCUCACAACCCAAGCGGUGCCCACUCGACGGGCCAGGUAGAUAGAAGCUUCUCAGCCCGAGCUCGAAAUCAGCCCGAGGGAAAUCUUAAAAAUACCACCCGCAAGCCAGUUCCCGAAUCUACAUCAGAGUUAUCAGAGGAGUCCGCCAUACCGCGAGGUCUUCCGACAGAUGCACACGCUCCGGACUCAGCAGCCAUGCCACAAAUUCAAGUCUCGUCACCGCCACCCGCUGCUGCUGGGGCAUCUGCUGUGCCGGGUCGCUCUAAUACCACACGCUCGGGCUCGGCCAGCGACUCUCGGCGAGACUGGGCCUCGGACCGAUCCCCGCUCCAGAAGUUGGAGGUCACGUUGACGGGGAUCAGCAAGGAGGAGAAGCGCGCACGCGUGCAAGAGGCCGAGAGCAAAGCCCGCGAACGCAUGGCGCGCAAAAAGGCGCAACAGGAGAAAGCCGCAUUGGCAGCUGCAGCGCGUCAAGCAUCUGCUCAGCCUGUGGAAAACAUCAAAUCACCCCGCGACACGACCAAAAAGAGUAGGCGAGACGAUGCCCCCAUUGACCGCGAAGUGCGAAAUGGACAAUCGAACGCCUCCCAGCAACGACAACCUGGAAACGCCGCGGUGCGUCACAACAGGAAUGGCUCGGCAAAUCCCCAAUACCCAGCCAUCCGUCGCCCCGAGGACCCCCAAUUCGCGCAUGCACAGGGUGCUAUUCCAUCAUCGGCAAAGAUGGGCAACGUUCCUAAGAGAUCAGUCACCGUCAGUGGACCUGCAAAACCGGGGCCUGCUCACAACAUCAACCACAGUCGAUCUGUGUCUCAAGCGGCGUCUCGCGCUGGACAAGUACCUUCCGCCCUCAGAGCAGAGAGACCACACGACCAAUCCCUCUCCCCAUCACCAAUUGGCCCCGGGGACAGUGCCGAGUCACAGAGCAAGCCCAAGAACGUCUCCUUCAAUGUACCACCGCCGACACCACCACCAAUCUUCGAAUGGAGAGGCGCAAAGCCUGCUCAACUCCGGGCCUCUGAUUUCGAUUUCCAGACCCUGGAUAUUAACCGAAGCAAAGCAUGGUGGGAGGGUGGUGACAACACGGAUCGUCGAAAGAGUAGAGCUCUACCCAAGACCUACAAAUCACCUGCUCAGAAGCUGUCAGGUGUAACUGAGCACAAAACCUUCCAGCCUCGCCUCUUCUUGCGAUGUGGUCCCUUGCUACGAUACACAGGAAUUAAGCGAGUCAACGUCGGCACACCCAGCGAGCCUGUGGAGAAGAACAUCUGGCGAGGUUCUAUCCUGAUUGCAACUGGAGACGUUCGCUCUUCAUACGAAAUCCCGCCCACAUUGAGACUAUUCUCUCAACCAAUGGAUCUUCUUCCCCCUCCACCCAUCGAAGUCAGCCGUGAAGACGGGAUGCAACUUGCACCUGAAUACGUCGAUCCAACAGCCGGUCUCAUGAAGGUAGGCCGAGAUGGCCGACCCCUCUACGUCAAACCAGUUGAACAUGUCGAGGAGCAAGUCGAUCUGUCAUUCGAACAGACCGAGGAUGGCAUAUACGAGCUCUCGCCAAGCAUAGUUGACUACACCAGCGAAGGCCUCAAGCAACCCAUGCCCUCAAACAGAAUCCAUGCCGUCGAUGGCGAAACAGCAGAUCUCUUCCGUGAUAUCCCCGGAGUCCGACUGUACGCAGACGCCGCAAGAGACGUCACAUUCUGGAAGUUCAAUCUGGAGGUCGAGCUUCGCUCAACAGAGCAGCGGAUCGCAUACCGAAUCAACCAAGGGCCUGCCCUCGGAUUCUGGGUUCCUCCCGCUGGAGAAUCCAUGAACAUCAUGUUCCACACCGGUAACGGGUUCAGUCCGUCUGUUGACUCGGAUCGUGUCUGCGGGCCCGAUCCGCUGUGGCGCGAUAUACUAAACGAACACCAGACCCGUCCUUUCCAUGUUAUGGUUGGGGGUGGUGAUCAGAUCUUCAAUGACUCCGUCAUUACUCGAUCCAAGCACUUCCAGGAAUGGAUCAAGAUCAAGAACGCUGGCGAGAGAUACGGAGCGCCGUUCACACCUGCUUUCCGUGCUGAAAUUGAACAGUUCUACCUUGAAAAUUAUGCGGCGUGGUUCUCGCAAGGUCUCUUUUCUUUGGCCAAUUCGCAAAUUCCUAUGGUCAAUGUUUGGAACGACCAUGAGAUCUUUGAGGGCUUUGGGUCCUACCAUGAGGAUUUCAUGCAUACCUCUGUUAUCUCGGGGAUUGGAAAGAUUGCUUUCAAGUACUAUUUACUUUUCCAACACCACAGUGUUCCCGAUGAAACAGAGGUGGAGGAGCCUAGUUGGCUUCUUGGUGCUCAGCCAGGUCCCUAUAUUGAUCAGAGAAGUCGAAAUUUGUUCAUGUCUUUCGGCAAAGGAGUUUCUUUCCUUGGCCUGGAUUGUCGCACUGAGAGACGCAGUAACGAGGUUCUUAGUGAGGAGACCUGCGAUAUGUUGUGGGAUCGCUGCCACAAAGAGAUUAUUAAAGGAGAGACGAAGCACUUGAUUGUCCUCUCCAGUGUUCCUGUUGCCUAUCCCAGAGUGGCAAUGCUCAGGAACUUUAUGAACAGCCGCAAGUCGCUUGGCAAGGCUGGUGUCCUUGGUGGCCUUGUCAACAAGUCUGGAGGAAAUGUGGAGGUGUUCGAUGAUCACUGGGCCGGCAAACACCUCAAGUCCGAAAGAACAUGGCUGGUUGAGGAUCUCCAGGACCUGGCUGCAGAGAAGUCAGUCCGUGUGACAAUUCUCAGUGGUGAUGUGCACCUUGCUGCAGUCGGACAAUUCUACUCAAACCCCAAGAUGGGUGUCGCCAAAGACCACGAUUAUCGCUACAUGCCCAACGUCAUCUCCUCCGCUAUUGCGGACAUUCCUGAGACAGACUUGAUCUCGGACAUGCUUAACAAGCGGAACACAGUCCACCACAUGGAUUCAAACACAGACGAGGAUGUCAUUCCCAUUUUCACCCAAGAUGUCAAUGGCAAGCCACGCAACAACAAGCGAUUAUUACCUCGUCGAAACUGGUGCUCGAUCCGAGAGUAUAAGCCCGGCUCGACUCCUCCCGGUACUCCCGAGUCUGAAAGGGCACCAACUCCAGAAGCCCGACCCAGCAAGUUGCAACGCACCCUAUCACUGGGUCGUGCAGACAAAUCACCCUAUGGAACAGGCAAGCCUGGGAUCCUCAGACGUCUCUCCAACCGCGGUCCCCCUCCCACAAGAACCAUGAGCUUCAGUCGAGGCGACGAGACCAGCUUCCAUCGACGCGCUAGCGUCGAUGUCCCAUCCCAGCCCCAUGAAGGCGGAGACGGAUACUUUGCAGGGGCCGCGGCGCCACAGCGACCAGGCACCUUCCACCGCCGACCAACGAACCUCAGCCUGAGAUCUAAGAAGGCCGCGAAGGGCGAUGAUGGUGCAGGCACCUACAUCAACCUCGAAGGCGGACUCGCUAUCACAUUGAACCUUGAGAUCAGCUCCUCAGACCCAGCGGGCAUCACAGCCCCUUACAAGCUGCUUGUGCCUGCGCUGCAUUACAAUGGAACCGAGUACGACCCACCCCCAACACAGAUCGUCAAGGGCUGGAGAAAGUUCCUUCCUCGUCGAAAGAAGAACGAAGGAGAGCCCAAUGCUGGACCAUACCCCGAAGACGACCUUAGUGAUGACGACCAAGAUGAUUACGAAGACCCCGACUUGAUUAACAAUACCCGCGCGAAUGCCGCCAUGGCUCAACAUCCCCAGCAUGAUGGUCAAUAUGAUGGACAGUACGAUGGUCCGGAUGAUGGACAGUAUGAGGGAUAUCCCGGGAGCGAGGAGGAUGAUUACUCAGAAAGUGAAGUCCCUCAACGGCUCCCACCGCAUAUGAUGGCCGAGUCUUAUCCUGAGACCGAGGGAAAUCCCCGUCCACGAAAGAAGUGGUUUGGCGUGAUCUAA